AUGCGUUUACUAGUGUUGUUCCCCGCACUGUUAAGUUGCUUACCUUCAAGCACAGCCGACUCAUCUACACACUGCGUCAAGUGGCGUGCUACCUCUAAUUGUGAUCCGCAUGGCAUACACGAGCCACAAAACGACGCAUCGUGUUCAAAACGCAUCGCCUCAGGCCUGUCGGGUUUCUGUGAGUGUGAAGACCGUCGCCGCGUGCGUGAGGUUGAUUGCAAUCACCAUGAAUUUACUUGCGAAGAAGCGUGUGCUAUGGACUCGUCUGCUGAGCUUAAAUAUCCGCAGGGUUUUGAGCACGUAACGUGCGGUAGCUCCAUCAAAUUGGUACAUGAGGCUAGUCGCUAUCGUCUACACUCGCAUGAGAUCACUUACGGUAGUGGAAGCGGCCAGCAAUCGGUUACUGCACACAUGGCUCGUAAUGACGUCAACAGCUAUUGGCUCGUCAAAGAAGGAGAUGGUGCGCCAGUGUGUCAAGUUGGAAAGCCUAUACAAUGUGGAGCUAUCAUUCGUCUGGAACACAUGCAAACACGACGCAAUUUACACUCGCAUAUGUUCAAAGCGCCGCUCACAUCGCACCAUUUAGAAGUAAGCGCGUUUGGAGUGGCAGGAGAAGGGGACAGAAUGGACUCAUGGGUCGUCGAGUGUCAGGAGAACCAACAGUGCUCGGCUGAAGGUCAAUGCGAAGACGACGGAUUAUGGAAACGCGGAGAGCUGGUGCGUCUACGUCAUCGAUCGACAAACCACCUUUUAUCCACGAGUUCUUCUAUUCGAUUUGAUGACAGCAAUUGUCCAAAUUGCCCGAUCAAUGGUCAACAAGAAGUGAGUGCUACUGCCAUGCGUGAAGGUGAUACACUCUGGUUUGCUGCAGAAGGUAUCUAUGUGACGGAAUGA